UGGGGAGAAGCUGCUGGGUGUCAUGGCCUGGAUCAUGCCCAUCUCCGUGGCCCUGUCCACCUUUGGGGGUGUGAAUGGCUCCCUCUUCACCUCCUCCCGGCUGUUCUUCGCGGGAGCCCGUGAGGGCCACCUCCCCAGCCUGCUGGCCAUGAUCCACGUACAGCGCUGCACCCCUAUCCCCGCCCUGCUCUUCACCUGCCUGUCCACGCUGCUGAUGCUGGUGACGAGCGACAUUUACACCCUGAUCAACUACGUGGGGUUCAUCAACUACCUGUUCUAUGGGGUGACCGUGGCCGGGCAGAUCGUGCUGCGCUGGCGCCAGCCCCACAUGGCCCGGCCCAUCAAGGUCAGCCUGUUCUUCCCCGUGCUCUACCUGCUCUUCUGGGCCUUCCUGCUGCUCUUCAGCCUGUGGUCAGAGCCGGUGGUGUGCGGCGUGGGGCUGGCCAUCAUGCUGACCGGGGUGCCUGUCUAUGGGCUGGGCGUGGCCUGGCACCACAAGCCACCCGCCGUCUACACCUGCCUGGCGGCGGUGACGCGGGUGACCCAGAAGCUCUGUGGGGUGGUGUACCCCGAGAUGGAGCCCCCCGACCCUGAGCACACCGAGCAGCUGGAGCCCAUGUGCAACACCGGGGACCCCGACAAGCCCCACGACUGAGCCUCCCACCCUGCCAUGGACUGCACCCCACG